GUGUCGUCUCGUGUUUCUCAUCUUGGGAAGGACGUCGUUGGACUUCAUGCAGCACGAGCGUUGAAAUUGUUAAGUGCGUUAUGACAUAAGUAUUUAUGAACAGGCUGUUAUUGUAUGAGUUGGGAUCGCGGCGAGAUUUAGAAGAGCGGGUCAUUCGGUUCUGCUCAGAAAACACUGGGCUGCGAUGAGUGACCCUGGAGCAGUGGGGGGAUCUGUCACCUACCAGCGGCUUGUUCACAAGAACUCCUCUGGUUUCCAUUACAUGAAGGUUUCCCUAGUAUUUGAGAAAGAAGGCAAGAGAAUCGACGGAGCUUUUUUCAAACAGCUCAUAAUCAGUGCUCUUCGGAAUGUGUAUGGGGAGAUUGGUGCUGCCUUUCCUUUUGAUGUUUUAAAAUUUGAGGAGAAGUCACUGACAGCAGUUCUGCGGGUUUACAACAGUGGAUUGGUGAAGUUAUGGAGUGCCCUGACUUUACUAGGAUCAUAUCAGAAUGAAACGUGUGCUGUAAGAGUCGUGCAGGUUUCACCUUUCCUGGUGGCUUUGUGUGGGAACAGCAGAGAGCUGGAGCUGAGCUAAGCUGCAACGAAAAGGGACG